AGAUGCAAAUAGAAUCAGUACGAAAAUAUACAAAAUACAAUUCAUAUACAUAUAUUUUGUAAGCAAGUAAUAAGUAGACAGAGAUAACAAAACGCAAGCCAAUAAGACAUAAAGGCUUGAGGAUUUCACAAGACUCAGAAUCGCAAAAUCCCCGCAGAAUCCCAUUUACAAAGCCAAGGGCAUCAGUUGGACUAAAGCAAAAGAAAAAGAAGACGUUGAUUAUGCAGUGCUCAGAUGAUUCAGCCAUGGACAGGACGAUGUGCUCGACGGACUAUGAGAUUUUUUAUAAGAUCGCAUUACUGUCGCGCGAACAAAUGCAGAAUACUGUGCCGACAUGCAUAACAAAAUUGGAGGAGUUACAGAAUAUCUGUCGAAUAUGCGGCUGUCAAAGCAAUGGCACCUUCAUUGACUUGGACACGAAUCAGGAUUUUGAAUUUGAGCCCUCGAUAAGCAGCUAUCGUAUGCUCUUUCAGCGCACCUCGCUGCAGUUUCAAUUUAAUACCAUGCCCGAUAUGCCGUCAUGCAUUUGUGGAACGUGCUGCAAUAAAGUGAAGAUAUUUUAUCUAAUGACCCGUCAGUUUGUGAUCAGUCAGCAAGCGAUGCGAACGACCAUUACGGAAUGGUAUCGGAAAAAGUAUGACAUUGAGCCGCCCGAGCAACUCGAGGAUCGUAAUCAACUGAUAAAACAGUUGGCACUCGCUGAAGCUAACCGCGCUAAACGGCAGCCAAUGAACAAACUAAUCAAACCUGUCAAGGACUUCAUCAAAGAUACCGUGUUCAAACAGCGACCCAAAAUAAAACGUUCGAUUUCCGUCGACAAAGGUUUGAACGCGAAUGCCCAGAAUCCAAAUGUUCAGACCAAAGUUUUAGCCAUGAAUCAACGUGUCAUUGACAAUGGCUGUCAGACGUCGCGUUCAGCGGCCAACCUCAAAUAUGACGCGACUAAAUGCGCAAGUACAGUGAAGAAGCCAACAAGUGCACAAAAACCAGUCAUGCAACGUACUUCAACACAACGUACAAUCUGCCCCAUGGUGCGCAAAAAGAGUGCAACUAAGGAAUGCGUUGUAACGCCCAGGCUUAAACAAAACUCCAAAGUGUUUGACAAUCCUCACGAAAAAGACACAAAAUUUCGAGAUCAGAAAAUUGGGGAUAAGGGUGCCCAAAAGCGCACUGUGCCGCCAUCCAAGGCACAGCAGCAGAAAACGCCGAAAGAACCCAUCAUAAAAUGGCGAUAAGCGAAUCUGCAAAUCACCCAAGGAAAAGCUAGUUUUAGUUUUCCAAUAAGGCAAUUAUUUCUUAAAUGCAGUAUUUUGUUUCAAAGCAGUCCAAAUUUUUGUUUGCCAUUUUUAAUGCAUUAAAAUAAAUACAAAAUAAAAAUAGAAAAUAAAAAUAAAAUGGAAAUUUCACCAAAA